CGUAUAAAAGGAUAUUUUUUUCAAAUAUCUUCAGUGAAUAUUUCUAACAAUGUCUCCAACGAUACCAAGAAAAUUUUUUUUUAUUGCAAUUGGCUUUAUAAUUCUGAAUUAUGUGAAGUGUCUGAGUUUACAAUUUAGUGACAUAAAAGAUUUAAUAAAUGAAAAAAAUUUGAUUGAUACACUCGAUCCAUUGUUACUUAAGAAUGCCAACGGAUUAAUAUUAAAUGAUGCAUUGGAAGCCACUUUGAUACUUGAUCAAGAUGUACAAUUUUAUUUAUUUACUAAAGAAAAUCCCGAUUUUGAGUAUCCAUUGAAAAUACAUGAUAAUAAUAAUUUAAACGAUUCACCUUUUGAUAAUAAUGUAUCAACAAAAAUAAUAAUACAUGGUUGGACUGAUAGUGUUCACAGUAAUUGGAUUAAAGAAUUGCGGAAUAAUUAUUUAUUAACUGAUAAUUACAAUAUUAUUUGUGUUAAUUGGUAUCCUGUAUCGGCGAAAGAGUACAGAAUAGCUGCUAAAUUAACUAGACAGAUUGGUGAAUAUAUCGGCGACUUUAUAGAUUAUUUAAAAAUAAAUAGUAAUGUUUCAUUAGACACAGUACACAUACUGGGGCACAGUUUAGGAGCUCAUAUUGCUGGAUUUGCUGGUAGUAAAUUGUUUGGCGAAAUUGGUAGAAUAACUGGAAUGGAUCCUGCACGUCCAUUAUUCGAAGCUCCAAUACUUAAAGAUACCUCUGAUAGAUUAGAUUUUUCGGAUGCUAAUUUUGUCGAUAUUAUUCACACUUGUGCGGGUACUGUAGGCUUUGUGAAACCUAUUGGACACGCGGAUUUUUAUCCCAACGGUGGUACUUAUAGACAACCUGGAUGUCCUGUAUUUAUAACACAAUAUUGCAGCCAUGGAAAAAGCCAUCAAUAUAUGGCAGAAUCAAUAGUACAUCCUGAAGAAUUUGUAGCUGUUAAAUGUGAUAGCUGGAAGGAUUAUAAGGCAAAUAAAUGUUAUGAUAAUACAACUGCAAUAAUGGGUGAAUCGAUAAGUACAGAUACACAUGGGAUAUUUUUUUUGGAGACAAAGCCAGAUUUUUCACUUAUUAAGUAUUUUAUGAUAUAAAAAAUUCAUUAUCACUGAUAUUUAAGUCUAUGUUCAGGACCGUCGAAUGAAUUACUAUCUAUGAUGUAAAGAAUCCGACCCUCGGGCCACAAACAGUACCAUUCUUACCUAAAGAUCUUUUUGGACGAGUUGUUCUUAAUGCAGAUAGAGAUUCAUUAUGCAGAUUCAAAAUAAUCGCGAUCGAAACUAAUUUUAAGAAAACCGAAAAAAAAUUCAACAUUGUUGAAUUAGAAGAAAAAACUAUUGUUCAAUUGUAAAAAAAAAUUUUAUUACUACCAAUAAUGGUAAAUGACGUAAUUAAAGACAAGAUUCUGGUCA